UAGUUCUUGAGGAAGACGGAGGAGGCAUCGGAAGUCAACGACCAACACCCCAGCUACUUCGAGAAGAACAAGGUGAGGAAGGAGAGGAUGACGAGAGUGAAAAAGGCGACGACCAUGUCACUGAUAUGGGAUGGGAAGAAGCGUACGAGCAAGAAGUCUAACCGGUGUCCUCGACCUAGUGUUAAGCUGCGUUGCUGUGCGUUCAAUAGUUCUGUCUCCUCUUUACGGUUCUUUCCUCGCUACUAUGGCGACCUCUGCUUCAUCUCACGGCGUUGUUGGACCGCAAACUUCGACGACACCAUUAACUUCCUCUUCCCACCAAUUCUCGAAGACGAUGUGUCUUGAUCGUGCAUUUCUUUCCCCUCUCAACGUCUAUAUCGAUGGAUUUUCGAUCUUAUUUUAGUUCAGACAGCCUGAAAGAAGCUGAGCAGACUCCAUUGAAUGUACCAGAGCACACGCUCGACUACAUGUUAACCCAUCCUGGAGUAUGUAACCUCUCGGCAGAAAUGGGAUUGGUCAGAAACGCGCGUGUGCACGUCGUCGCGCUGCAUCGUCGCUUCCUCAAAGUCCAGCUUUUCAAUACAUUUGAAAGCCACUGCAUCCCCCGCAUUCCAUACGAACCGUUCGCCAUGGACAGUGAACCGAAGACAGCUUCCUCUACGACCCGCAUAUACAACUACAUUUAAUAAAUGUUAAGGUUUGACGCUAGCGCAAACUGUGAUCGACCUCCGGACUGAUCCCCUCGCUCACGAUCGAUUGUGCGCAGCGUUGUCGAGAGUGAGAACGCAGAGAGACACGCUGUCUAUUUGCAGAGACGAUAGUAAUAUAGUAUUUCCUGAGUUGCUACUGUAAACACAAUAUAUUGUCGUAGAACUGACCGAAGGGGAGUCCUUGUUGUAAAAUAAACAUAAGUCGUCCAAGUACUAGACGUUUUGAAUGUGGUCUAGAGGUUCCAUGGGACGCAUCUAACAUGCUAAAAGUGCAAGCGAGUCGAAGAAACAGACCGAAUGUCCUGCUGCUCUAUGAUGGUGCAGUC